UUUGAGGAGUUGGGUCUUGUGAAAAUCGAUUUUUCUGAAACGUAGUUUGGAAUUCGAAGAUCUGGGUUUCGUAAUUCCUGGAAAACCUGAUCUUCUGAAACCCUGUUUGGGUUAUCAAGAUCUGGGUUUUUUUGGGGCUUUGGAUUGUGGAAUUCUUCUAAAAAUAUCUUAUCUUUGAAGCCCGUUUUAGGAAUUGCAUUUCAAAAUGCUUCUCCGAAGCUCUUCGACUCCGCUCUUGAACUCAUGGGUGCCUAUGUCAAAGGAAUCGUCGCCCGAACCCGAUCAUGUCCCUUCGAUGCAUCGGGCUCGAUCGGCUGGCCACCAUCUGUCGCCUUCUCUUUCCAUAACAGCAUCGUCGAAUUCUCCGUCCCCGCUCGACGAAUCCAUGGCUUCGUUGAAGAAGAUAACGAGAGCCUCAUCAGAAAACGACCUUCGAGAGCUCUCGUUGCCGCCCAGGGCCCAUAAACGUAGACCAUUUCCUCGGAGCCUCAAUGGGCUCUCCUCAAUUUCUUCGGAAGAAGGGGAGGAAGGAGAGCGGGGCAUCGAAUCUGUCGCGUCAUCUCUCGAUCGUCUGUUUUCGAGCUCGGGCUUGGAUGAAUCGAUUGAUGGUGUUCAAGGGUGUUACGUUGGGUUGAAAGAUAAGGAAUCAUCUUUGCCGAUGUUUUUGGGUGGUGGGUUUGGGGGUAGUAACGGCGGUGGGAUUUGUGGAGGGAGAGGAGGUCGUGAUGGGGGUGGAGAUGAAGAUGGCAGGUCUGAUUUUUCGGAUUCAAAUAAUAACGGUAGUGAGAGCAUGGAAGCUUACUAUAAGAACAUGAUUGAGGUGAAUCCAGGAAACCCGCUUCUGCUUGCGAAUUACGCCAAGUAUUUGAAAGAGGUACGUGGGGAUCUAGGUAAAGCAGAAGAGUAUUGUAGCCGGGCAAUCCUAGCGAAUCCAGGUGAUGGAGAUGUUCUCUCUCUAUAUGGUGAUCUGAUUUGGCAAACACAUAAAGAUGCUGAACGGGCUGAGAGCUAUUUCAAUCAAGCUAUCCAAGUUGCCCCAGAUGACUGUUAUGUGAUGGCAUCAUAUGCCCAAUUUCUUUGGGAUGCUGAGGAAGAAGAGGAAGAGGAAGAGGAAGGGAAGGAGACACCCUCUUUCUUCCAUGGAGCUGCUGCUCCUUUAGCUGCUGCUUCCUGAGAUUCUCUUGUGUGUGUGCGCGCGCACUCACACCCCUUGUAGAAUAGCACUGGGUGGUGGUG